AUGGUAUUUGUCUUCUCCGCUGCGGUCGUCGAAAGCGGACUCGGCCUUUCGUCUUUGAAGGUCUGUCGAGGAGCGGUACUCCUCUGUCUCAGCUUCUACAUGCUCAGCAAGGUCUUGAUGUACCUCUUUCUUGUCGAAAGAGUACAUGCACUUCGAGCUCCGUUCGUGAAGAGGGUUCGCGACUGGGUAUGCGUGACUGGGUUUAUACUGGUCGUUGUUGGCUUCACCAGCAUCGCGGUAGUGGCUUUUAUAAAACCUCUGGCUGAGGUGUCAGCAAUCGAUGGCCGUUGCCGCAUCGGCAUUCCACGACACACCACGCUCCCCUUGCUAUUGUACGAUGUCUCUCUCAACAUUCUCCUCACGUCCGUUUUUAUCCAUCUUUCGAGUCCACUCGUCCGGUCGGGAAAGCCUUCAGCCGCGGCGUUUCCCGCGACUCACUUGACGAUUUGCCUUGGGAACAUGUGCGGCGGCUCCAGAGCGGACAACAGCCUCCUCCAGGCCAAUCGAGGUAACCAAGCCGCGACGAAGAAGAUGGAAAGGAUGCUGCUCAGGACGUUUGUUGGGUCGGUGCUCGUAAUGAUUCCCACGAUUGGCAACGUGGCAGCCUUGACCGCACUUCAAGGACGAGAACUGGGCUGGGUGUGCUUGAUAGCCUGCAGCUCCGAUGGUUCAUCUGCUGCCCUAGACCGCUGGUUGCAAGACUGA